GGAGUGAGGGACGGGAGAGCCGCGGAGGCCGCGCCCAUCCUGGUGCCGGGAAAGGAGCUCCAGGCGUCCCCCUGGAGCCCGGGACCCCCCGGAAUUGGGUGAAAAGAGGGGGCAAAGGCAGCGGAGGAGCUGGCGGCCCCGGGGGACAGCGGGGUCCCCUCGGCGUGUCCCCGGCAGGAGCGGGACACGGCGCUCCCGGGAUGCGGGGACGGUGGAGCCGGGAGCCUGCGGAAUUCCUCGGCCGCUUCCAUGGAUUCCCCGAGCAGCAGCGAGCCCCCGGCCCUGGACGGCUUCCCCCUGAAGCACUCCAACACCUUGACCAACAGACAACGAGGCAACGAGGUCUCAGCGCUGCCGGCCACGCUGGACACGCUCUCCAUCCACCAGCUGGCCGCCCAAGGGGAGCUCGUGCAGCUGAAGGAGCACCUGAGGAAAGGUGAGAAUCUGGUGAACAAACGCGACGAGAGAGGAUUCACGCCCCUGAUCUGGGCCGCGGCCUUCGGGGAGAUCGAGACCGUGCGGCACCUCCUGGAAUGGGGCGCGGAUCCGCACGCGCUGGCCAAGGAGCGGGAGAGCGCGCUGGCGCUGGCCAGCAUGGGCGGGUACACGGACAUCGUCACGCUGCUGCUGCGCAGGGACGUGGACAUCAACACCUACGACUGGGUGAGAUUAAUGGGGUACUGGGGAUACUGGGAUAAUGGGGAUACUGGGAUACUGGGAUAA